AUGCUGGCCUUCCGUCCUGGUGUUGUUCCGAGGGCGCUACCGCCGAGCCACGGCUGCAUUGAACGCAGAGAUGCUGCCUCUGAGCCACGCGACCAUGGGACAUCUUGGGCUGUCGGAUCUGUCGGAUCUGUCGGCUUCAUCAUGGUCUCGCGACUCACACGCUUCACACGACUCACACGGCGGGCCGUGCUGGAAGCUCCGACAGUGGCCAUUCCGGGUGCCAAGGUGCAAGAUGAAACGAGGCAGAAGAGGGCUGAUCAGUACCGACUGCUUCUCUUCACAGAGUUGUUGAUGUCUUUCACUGACACGGAUGGAGACAAUAUCCGGCUGCAGAAGGAGGGCAUGUUUGUGAACGAAUAUGUAAAUGAUCGCCUAGAAAUCCGACGCAUGGAGUAUUUCGAUAUUGAUGAGAAGGCGCGAUCCUAUCACGACCCUACAGGGCGAGGCUGGUUUCGAGCCUCGGAGAAUGUCUCAGAACUGGUGCGCAAGAGAGAUCUGAUGUUCAUCGAGCGGGACUUCGUGGCAAGAUGUUUGAUGACGGUUUGUGCAUUGAAAGAGAGCAACGCAUAUCAGGUAAUGAUGAAGGCCCACACUGAGGGAGUUGCAGUGGUUGGCACGUAUGAUUUCGAGACUGCUGAGACGUACUGUGCAGGACUGAAUGCUAAGGGUUUAAGCGCUGACAUCAUUCCGGUCGACAAUGGUGAAUAG